AUGCCAUUCAUCUUACGUCCGAGGAUCCGAGGUCCCGUCCGAAGCAGCUGGCGUGUGGACGACGAGACGCGCGCAAACGCUCGCAUUCGCCUCAAUGCGGCUCGGAUUCGCGUUCGAUUCGGUCGCUAUGCGGUCAUUAUAUUUAAUAUAGAGGAGUUGUUAAUCUCACAUGCGUCUUCCUCCUCCAAACAACGAACACUAUAUAUAUUCAGAAACCCAUCCAGCAAAAGAAGCAAACAUGGUCAAACGAAAAUUCCACCUGAUUCGACCAUGUUAAGACGUCAGGAUAAUCGUGCUAACAGUAUCACAUUCUCACGGAAACUUAUCGUCUUCGUUUUUGUAGUUUUAUCCGCACCUGCUAUAUACCUAAUAAUCGGAUCAUCGACUUAUCAGUACCAGUACUCGGAUUACACUUCUUCGACUAACGACCAAAAACCGAUUGGAGCCGAUAAGAAUGGAAACUUUGUUUUAAAUCAUCUCGAAGAACCGAUCACUUUGGACUCCAAGUUCACAUGGGACACUACAUUCACUCAUCUUGUUGAAAAUCCAGAACAAGGUUUUUCAAUAAAUAGCAAUGACGUACUUGUUUUCGUCCACAUCCAAAAGACUGCUGGGACCUCAUUUGAGAAGUUUUUGGUGCGUCAUCUAAAUAUCGAACAACCGUGCCAGUGUGUGAAAGGCAAGAAAAGAUGUACGUGCAAUCGGCUGAAUAAGCCAAACGAGGUUUGGUUAUUUUCUCGUUAUUCGACCGGAUGGUUAUGCGGGUUACAUGCAGACUUUACGGAAUUAUAUGUGAGCGGAUGCGUUGACCGUAUGCUGAACAAGAAGGAGGGCUCAAGAAGGCUGCGAAGAUACUUUUAUACAACAUUUCUUCGAGAACCAAUCACUCGUUUUAUCUCUGAAUAUCGUCACGUGAAUCGUGGUGCAACAUGGAUAGCUUCGAGACACAUCUGUAACGGUAGAGCGCCUACGUCUGAUGAGUUACCGUUGUGUUUUGAUCCUCACCUCGGUUGGGAUGAUGUCAGUCUGGAUGAGUUUCUGCACUGCCCCUUCAACUUAGCAUUCAACCGACAAACUCGCAUGUUAGCUGAUUUGACGCUUGUAAACUGUUAUGCUAGGAAUGGAACAGAUCCCAGAACCAGAGAUAGGAUUCUUCUAGAAAGUGCUAAGAGAAACUUGAGAAAUAUGGCAUUUUUCGGAAUCAAGGAACGAAUGGAUGACAGUCAAAUUAUGUUCGAGCGACUAUUCAAUCUGAGCUUCAACAGAAGACUGUCUGCAUGGACAAGAAGUAAAUCGAAUGACACUGACGUGACUCCAGAACAGUUACGACAAAUUCGUGAGCACAAUGAACUUGAUAUCGAAUUAUACGAUUACGCCUUGAAGCUUUUUGAACAUCGUCUGGCGGCCGUUUUGAAUCGAACUCUUCAAGUUAAUGCCCAAAAUGGUAAUCGUUUCACUCCAUUUGAGUUCAAGUCACCAUCGGACAACGGAGAAGUGCAGUUUAUUCGUAAUGAUAUCUCACCGGGAGAACGUAUAUUUCAUAAAUCAACAAACAACGUUCUCAACAAUCCCGAAUACGAGAGCGACGAUGACGACGCUCACACAUCGGACGAGAACGCUGACAUCGAAUUUGAUCGGGUUUGA